GCACACAAAUAUUGAACGUCUGCGAAGGAAAAAGAGUUGCAUUCCCGGGAUGUAUGCAUGCACUUCAAAUCUGGGCCUUUGAAACAUUCCCGAGUCUGGCUAACACAGGGUUGCGCAACAUUAUUCAAGGCAGAGAAAAUGUGAUUCCCAGAACACUGAAAUGGGCUUUCCACAAGAAGCCAUCAAUGGAACUCUUCUGUAACCUCAUAUACGAUAAUGCUGCUAAGUUUGAGUGGAAGAGAGAAGUGCCAAUUGUUGAAGAGAUGAAAAAAAAAUCCAAGGACUUGCUGAAGCAAGGUUACUAGAUGAACGAGUAAGGUUACUAGAGUUGAUUCAAUGAGAGGGAGAAGAAAAGAAUAAGAAUGAACAAGUGGCAACAAAGGGAAAAGAGAAAGUUUGCAAAAAAGGCGUUGCAGCAACCACCAAAAAGAGGAAGUCUGAAAGCAAGAAGGGGAAAUAACAAAAAGAUAAAGCAGAGUGCAGCUCUAGAGCAAAGAAAAGAAGCGUCAAAGGAAAACCUUGAAGAUGAGAGU